UCAGUGCAAGGAUGGUGACUGACGUGCAGCUGGCAAUCUUCGCCAACAUGCUGGGAGUCUCCCUGUUUCUACUGGUCGUGCUCUACCACUACGUGUCUGUCAACAAUCCAAAGAAACUGGAGUGAUGGGUGAUGGUGUGAAAGGUUGAAGUUUGGGACCAUAUCUUACUGACUGAUUGUGAGACAAAACUAAGAUUGCCACAAUGGACACUAGAAUUUGCUAAUAUUUCUGUACAUGAGUGUUCGUUAAUGGAGGAAAUAUGAUAAUAAAAUGUUGCUGAAUUCAUAAAACAA